AUGAGGGCGGGUGGUGGAAGCAACAAGCAGGGUGCUAACAAGCUGAGGAUCGUGAUGAGGGCGGGUGGUGGAAGCAACAAGCAGGGUGCUAACAAGCUGAGGAUCGUGAUGAGGGCGGGUGGUGGAAGCAACAAGCAGGGUGCUAACAAGCUGAGGAUCGUGAUGAGGGCGGAUGGUGGAAGCAACAAGCAGGGUGCUAACACGCCGAGGAUCGUGAUGAGGGCGGGUGGUGGAAGCAACAAGCAGGGUGCUAACAAGCUGAGGAUCGUGAUGAGGGCGGAUGGUGGAAGCAACAAGCAGGGUGCUAACAAGCUGAGGAUCGUGAUGAGGGCGGGUGGUGGAAGCAACAAGGAGGAUGCUAACAAGCUGAGGAUCGUGAUGAGGGCGGAUGGUAGAAGCAACGAGCAGGGUGCUAACAAGCUGAGGAUCGUGAUGAGGGCGGGUGGUAGAAGCAACGAGCAGGGUGCUAACAAGCUGAGGAUCGUGAUGAGGGCGGAUGGUGGAAGCAACAAGCAGGGUGCUAACAAGCUGAGGAUCGUGAUGAGGGCGGGUGGUGGAAGCAACAAGGAGGAUGCUAACAAGCUGAGGAUCGUGAUGAGGGCGGAUGGUGGAAGCAACAAGCAGGGUGCUAACACACCGAGGAUCGUGAUGAGGGCGGAUGGUGGAAGCAACAAGCAGGGUGCUAACAAGCUGAGGAUCGUGAUGAGGGCGGAUGGUGGAAGCAACAAGCAGGGUGCUAACAAGCUGAGGAUCGUGAUGAGGGCGGGUGGUGGAAGCAACAAGGAGGAUGCUAACAAGCUGAGGAUCGUGAUGAGGGCGGAUGGUGGAAGCAACAAGCAGGGUGCUAACACGCCGAGGAUCGUGAUGAGGGCGGGUGGUGGGAGCAACAAGCAGGGUGCUAACAAGCUGAGGAUCAUGAUGAGGGCGGGUGUCGGAACUCAGGUCCCUGAUCAUCCAAUCCCUGUAUCCUGUGUGACAAUUUUGUUACAGAAACCGAGGUCGUUCUGA